AUGUGGCCGGCUGGGCUAAAGCUAAAUACCCUGAUGCCUUUGGCCCAGCUACCGGUGGAGUUACAGCAACUUGCUCGUGGCGCCAUCGAUGCUCACCGUAACGCCUACUGUCCAUACUCAAACUUUGCCGUGGGAGCUGCGUUGCUUCAAGAAAAUAACAAAAUUACAACAGGAUGCAACUAUGAGAAUUGUGUUUUGAAGGGAUGCUGUGCCGAAGUUUGCGCGAUUGUAAAGGCUAAUUCCGAGGGACUUCGUACCGCUGUGGCAGUCGCCAUAUAUGGCUGCAGUAAGGCAGCAAAUGCCGGGAGUUUACCUCCUCCUGACACGCUCACCCCACCGUGUGGGUUUUGUCGUCAGUCACUCGUCGAAGUUGCGGAUCUAUCCAGAAACUACGAAAGCUUUCUUGUUGUCUUGGUUACCUUUGACAGGGAGCAUGCAAAAUUGGUUAAACUAUGCGACCUCAUACCUCUUAAAUUUGCUCCUUCUGAUAUGGGCAUGGACUUAUCUGAGUUAAGGGGAGAAACAAAACUGGGUGAUAAUGUUUAA